GACCCUGCGUAAGCGCUUCUUUAGUUGUCAACAACGAGGAGAAAUGGCCGAUAUGACUUCUAUUUGAAGACAGAUGUGGACUGAGUGACAACCCUGUUGUCAGUUUCCAGUACAUCCAUGUGUAUUAUCUUCUUUAAGUUCGACCCCAGGCCUGCAUCCAAAAAUGCUUACAGGCUAAUUUUGGCUGCUAACAGAGAUGAGUUUUACAACAGACCGUCCAAGGCUGCAGAUUUCUGGGGGACCAACAAUGACAUCAUCAGCGGUCUGGACCUGGAGUGCGGGAAGGAGGGUGGAUCCUGGCUGGGGAUCAACAAGAAGGGCAAGCUGGCUGCGAUCACCAACUACUUGGAAGGAUAUCCUAACCCUGAUGCACAAGGAAGAGGAUUUCUAGUGUCCAACUUCCUUAUGGAAAAGGAUGUAGACAGCUGCUCCUACAUGAAGAAGGUGUCUGCAGACGGCCAUCUGUACAACGGCUUCAAUCUCAUCACAGCUGACUUCAAAACCAAACAAGACACCAUGUGUUACUAUGGAAACAGAGGCAGCUCUGAACCCAUCCUUCUAAAUCCAGGGAUCUACGGUUUAAGUAAUUCACUUCUGGAUACUCCAUGGAAGAAAGUUGUGGUAGGCAAGGAACGCUUCACUGGGAUCAUCAGUAAGCCGUCGCUGUCCUGUGAUGGACUGGUGCAGGAGCUGCUCAGUUUCCUUAAUAACGAGGAACUGAACGCACCCGAUCCGAUCCAGGAGAAACAGGGUGAUGGUUUUACCAAGUCUUACAUCCAGGCCUUGUCAGCCUUGUGUGUUCGCAUCCCUAAUUAUGGCACAAGAACCAAUACUGUAAUCCUGAUAGACGCAGAAGGGAAUGUCACCUUCACAGAGCGCACCAUGCUCGACUGUGACACAAGCAAAUGGAGCACCAGAUCCUUCCAGUUCAAGCUCCAGGCGUGACGAGAUGGACUCCCCCCACUCUGUGCCUUUCUGCAACACCUUUCCUUCCAUCUCGCCCAGCCCCUCCGCUGCAGCUCCACUUCCCCGUGGCAGCGAAGUGUAAAUGAAAACUUGUCUGCACUUUUCUCACCUGAUCACUAGCUGCCUGAUAAACAUUAGCAAUAUCAAUUUCUUGCUUUUGGUUUAAGUUAAAAUGGAUUUUUUUUAAUGUGUGCUCAUUAAAAAAAAUGCCAAAGGACAUUUGUAAUUUUGUAGAAAAAGUAUUUUUGCCUAUGUCACAAUACAAAUGUUGUUUGGCUCAAAAAUAUCCCAUUUGUUAUUAAAAGAAAUCAUCUUUUCUAUCUGCAGAUCCAUACCAUAUUUCACGUGCACUCACCAGACUGCUGCUGGAAUUGAAUUACUUUAAGAAUUCAUGUUGAACAUUGGGUUUACUGCAGCCGUCAUGAAUGAGGGUUACUUUCUUACAUCUCUGAUCAUUCCAACACAAACUUUGGGGUUAAAUGCAAAAUGUCCCACAUGAUGAAACUUUGACCUCCUCAGUGGUCGAAGGUGAUUGAAAUGAGGAUUACAUUUAUUUGAUAAUAAAAACGAUAUCCAGACUCUUCGCUUUGCUCUUGUCAUCUAAAGUAUGUGAUGAACGUUCUUUUGUUAGUUGGGGCUUUUUUUUUUUUAAACAAUGUUUACAAUGUUUUCGAAGUUCUGUUUACUUCUGCUGCUGUGUCUGAGUGGUUAGAG